GCGGAUUGCAAUGGGAGAAGAGUUUGAUGAGGAGCUGGUGUUGGAGAUGUCGCCUGAUCGGCUGAGUGCCUUGUGCAUUUGAGAUUUAAGACCAUAAGAUACAGGAACAGAAUUAGGCCAUUUGGCCCAUUGAGUUUACUCUGCCAUUCAUCAUGGCUGAUCCAUUUCCCUCUCCGCUCCAACCUCCCGCCUGCUGUCUGUAUCCUUCCAUGUCCUGACUAAUCAAGAAUCUAUCAAUCCGUGCCUUAAGUAUACCCAAAGACUUGGCCUCCACAGCCACCUAUUGCAACAAAUUCCACAGAUUCACCACUCUUUGGAAAAAGAAGUUCCUCCUAAUCUGUGUUCUAAAUUGAUAUCCCUAUAUUCUGUGUCCUCUGGUCUUAGACACCCCCCACCAUAGGAAACAUCCUCUCCAAAUCUACUCUAUUGAGGCUAUUCAACAUUUGAUAGUUUUCAAUGAGAUCGCCCCUCAUUCUUCUGAAUUCCAGUAAAUACAGGCCCAGAGCCAUCAGACGUUCCUCAUGACUGGGAAUUGUGGACCAACAAUCUUAUGUUAGUGAACUCUCCUUUGUACCAAUACCUGCAAGAUGUGGGGCAUACAGACUUUGAAACUUGCCCAAGUUUGUCAUGGGUGGAAGAAUGCUCACCAAAUGAGGAACCAAAUGAAUUGCAUGUCCCUGCUUCACCAACAAGGAGCUUCUUGUCAAAGAGUUUUGAAAUUGUUCAAAAAUGGAAUCCGUUCUCUGAAGUUAAGAGAAGGGAAGAUUUGGAAUUACUGGAUAUUGAUUUUCAACGGCACGCUCUAUGCACCAUCCUGGAGCAGGAAGUGCUUCUGCAGGAGGAUGUGGAGCUGAUUGAACUCCUGGACCCCAGCAUCCUGAGCUCAGCACAGGCUCAGCAACAGAGAAAUGGCUACCUGCCAGCCUGGUGGCUGUCCAGAAUUCCUAGCAUUUGGGAUCUUUCUAUAUUGGUUGCAUUUGCUGGUAUCUUCAUAAUGACCUCAAAUGUGAGUGACACUUUCCCUUGGGUCAUGGUAGAAAUGUUUGUCCUUGGUCUUUAUAUGGUUUCCAGAAGCCUUGGCUUAUGGAAAAGGGCCAGGUUUCAGCAAUCCAUGAGAAAAUGCAGUGAAUGUCUUGAAAAUCUGGUGGCAAAUAGCCAUGCUUUCUCCGGUCUUGUACGAAAAACCCUGCGGCAGAUUCAGGAGAUAGAGGUUAUUUCAAGAGGAUUCGUGCUGGUGACGGCUGCAUGUCCUGCUCGUAAGCUGGGAAGCUCCUGGCAACAGGAAGGACAGCACCUAAUUGGCUUGAGGAAAGCAGUGUACCGUACUGUAAAAUCCACCUACCGGGCUUCCCGAGCAGCCACCUGCUAUUUGCUUAAGUGCUAUCCUCUGAACUCCGAGACGGACAAUGUGACUAACUAUCUCUGUGCAAUCCCAUUAAGUGAACUUGGCAUGGGAUUGAGUGAGGACAUUCUGUCUGAGGAGGAGGCUCAGGAACUUACUGAUGGUUACAGUCUUGCAUCAUUAAAGAUACUGUUUCAGCUGUGGGUGGGCCAAAACUCAGAGUUCUUCAGACGUUUAGUUUUGCUAUUGUCUCCUGUUAAAACUACGCACAAGGCUCGUGGAUCUCCAGGGGAUUUGGUGCAUCAGAUUGUAGCAGAAUCAAUACACAGUCUUUCUCAUGUUGUUACAACUUGCGUUGAAGAACUGAAGCGGAGCUAUGAAUUACAUAGAUACUUGCAGCACCAAUCUAAUUUCAAAACCCCAAAGAGGACUAAUCAUGGAUCGAGUGAGCUGAAGAAUAUAUUUACAGUGGUUCGUAGUCUGCAGCUCCACCUUAAGGUGCUACUAAAUGAGGUUAUUACUUUCGAAGAUCAUGUGGAAAAUCUGUAUGAAUCCAGAGAGCAGCAUGAAAUAACUCCUGAAGUGUACCAUGAUCUGGAUCAGAAACUUAAAUUGAUCAAGCCACACAUGGAAGUGACCAUGGACUGCUGGGACGAGGCAAGAAACCAGGUGGAUAAACUAGUACAUACUUCUAAGGGACAGAAAGAUGAACGAGAGACACAGGGCAUUGGUUUGCUUCCAGAUUCAAAACUCUCAGAAAAAACUGUUGUGAAGAUCAAAGAUCAAGAUCCAGUCCCAGAAGAGCAGGAGCUUGAGGCUUAUGUAGAAGAAUCUGACUCGGAUGGGGACUUCAGAAGUGGUGUCUAUAACACCCUCUCACCAGAAGAGCGAGAAAAGGAGAGGCGAGAAAGGGAGGAAUCUAGGAGAGUGCUUCUGGAACUAAAGAGUGUGCUGGGAUUCAAGGCAUCUGAGUUGGAGAGGCAGAAGUGGAAGCAACUUCUUUUCAAUGACCAAGCUGCUCUGAAAACACUUUCAUCAUUGGACUUGACACAGUCAGUGAGAGAAUCUGUGGCUCCUCAGGACAUGGAUGCAAAUAACAGAGGUCAUCAGAGUUGUGAUGAGCAUUUGCAGGAGAUAGACCUCAGUCAAUUAGAUGUCUUCACAGAUGUCCAGCAAUGCUGCAAGGCAACAGGAUCAGAAUCCACCAAUAUGCAAUUGAACAGCACCAGUGACAGCACCAUCCUCAGUGGUAUUAGUAGAAUCGGGAAUGCAGAUGGCAGCCUAGCUUGCCACUCAGACACCACAAACUUGUCUAAAGAAAAGCAAGAAUAUCCUCAAUCAGCUUGCCCUGAACAGCAACAGACAGCUGUCAGACAGAGACUCACAGAGAGGCAUGGACCAGCCUCCCUGCAUCUAACCUCAGCUCUGGCAGCACAAGCUGCUGCUCGCUCGCAUACCUUUGCCAGCUUUCAAGAACAGACUUUUGGAGAUGAUGAUGAUGAUGAUGAUGAUGACAGGGUGAUGACGGCAGAGAAAAGAGGCACAACACUGGAAAUUUUUGGAAAGGACAUUGCAUGUAAUGAUACUAAAAUUUGAGCUCUGUACAUGGUAAAUAAUGAUUAUAACAUGAUAGUUAUUUAUAAUUUUAAAGACAGGAUGAUGUAAUGUAGUAAGUACUUACUUUAAAACAAAACACCAGCUAUGUACUUACUCCUUCCAGAGUGGGUUUUCAUUGUGAACCCUGUGUGAACACACUGCCGUCGUCACUGGAACAAUGCUCAGUGUCACAAGCAGUCAAGUGAAUUACUAUUUAUUGUGCCUAAAUGCACUGAGGUCUUGUGCAAAGGGUCUAGGUCAUAAAGAAAUCCUUUGGAGUAUUGCAAGAAUCUUGAAUACCCUACAUAAUGCCUACUGACGCUCAGCUCUUCUUACCAAAAUGCACCAUUGUUACUGAUUAUGUGGCUGGUGAAAGAAAUACAGUGUAUUCAAUCAGUUCAUCUUUAACCAUCUCCAAAAAUAGUGCAACUGUUCCUGAAACCAGACUCCUGCACUAGUAAUCCAAAGAUACAAGUUUAAAUCCCAUGUCACAUUUGAAAGUUUUCAUUCAAUAUUUUAAAAUUUUAAAUAAAAAUCUGGCAUUAGUGAAAAUCACAAAAUCCUAUUCCCGUGAAGGAAGGAAAUCACAGCCCUUCCCUAUAACUCCAUUUCCACACCAACCCUGUCCUGGCCAUUGACCUUUACAGCCCAAGAAUGAAAUUGAAGGUGAGGUCACUGCAUUCACUUUUUCUUCCCACCAACAAAGUUCAGUGACAAAUCUGAGCCUUGUUUAGAACUUAAAUAACCUCUGGAGUCACCAAUCUGCAUUUAAUAAUUUAAAUACAAAGGCCUAGAUAUUCACCUGGUACAACAAAAUUCAUCAAGACACAUUCAUUAUAAAAAUGAGUCUAGAAAACUUAAGUUCAAAAUUUAACACCCUGCCAGGUGUGGUAGAAGCAUUAGCAUUUAGGAAACUCUUAGAUAACCAGGGCACCUUGGGCCAAAGUGCCUGCACUGUGCUGUAGUGCUCUCUGUUCCAAAAACAAACAAAAUAAAAGCUGCAGAUGCUGGAAAUCCGGAAAAAAAAGAAAAUGUUGGAGAUACUCGACAGGUCAGGUAGUAUCUAUACAGAGUUAAUGUAUCUGGUCAGUAGCAAACUCUAAUGAAAGGUACCAGUUGGAAAGUAAACAAGUAGUGUGAUGAAGCUCUGGAACAAGAGGGGGGUGAUCUGGAAUAGGGAGGAGACCAGAGGAAAUAUCGGUGAAAAUAAUUUCUGUGAGAGGGGACAUAAUUUAAUUGUUUACAAAGAUAGCAUUAACAAAACCCAGCAGUCCAAAUCUCUCUCUUUAUUUAAUUUAUUUUAGGAGACAUUUAAAUGUAUACCAAUGCCUGCCAGGUUACUAAUUAACUUGACUCAGCUAGAGGAGGUGUAAAUAGUAGAUAAGUGAGUUAGAUGGGAGAAAAUAAUCCAGCUGGAUCUAUAGGACAUAAAUCUGCAUGCUGGAAAUUUGUAAUGAAAGAGAAAUUGGUGGUUACCCAGCAAACCAGCAGUAUUUGUGGAGAAAAAUCAAGUUAACAUUUAGUUGUUGAUCUUUCAAAUACCAGUCUUUGCCUUUUUAUGUUUCGCUCUUCACAAAUCUUGCCUAACCUGUAGAGAAUUUGCAGCAUUUAUAUCAAUAAUUUCAAGUUAUUUACCCAUUCCCUGUGGUGAUUAAUACAGGAAUGUUAUUGCAGAAACUGAUUCGAUCCUGACCUCCAGCACUGCCUGUGUAGAGUCUGCAUAUUCUAACUGUGAGCAUGUGGGUUUCUAUGAGUGCUCCAGUUUCUCCCCAAACCCCAAUCCCGGUCACCUCUGUAAGGAGUUUCUGUAUAUUUCCCUAGGUCCUCCAAUUUCCUCCCAUGGUCCAAAGAUGUAUUAGGUAGGAUAAUUGGUUAUUGUAAAUUGUCCCGUGAUGAGGUAAGGGUUAAAUUGUUGUGGGUUAUUGCUGGGUGAUACAGCUCUAAGGGCUGGAAAGGCCUAUUCCGCACAGUAUCUCCAAACAAAAAUAAGUAAAUAGAUAAAUGUGUAUGGGUUAGCAAUUAAUUGGAUGUGAAAGUGAGUGGUAAGAUCGUUUGCAGACAAUACGAAAAUAGGUGAAGGGGAAGAUAGUGUUGAGGAAGCAGGGUGUCUGCAUCUGUGGAGGCCAAGUCAUUGAGUUUAAAGUGGAGGUUGAUAGGUCCUUGAUUAAUAAGAGCAUUGAAGGUUACAAGGUGAAUUCAGGAGAAUGGUGUGAGAUGGAUAAUAAAUCAGCCAUGAUGAAAUGGUGGAACAUACUCGAUAGGCCAAAUGGCCUAAUUCUGCUGCUAUGUUUUCUGGUCUAAUCUAGGGGGAGUUAAUGAGAAUGUGAGUAGAAUUUUAAAAAAUGGGAUUAGUGUUAGUGUGUGUGUAUGAUGGUCAGUGUGGACUUUGUUGGUUGAAGGGCCUUUAUCUGCUAUUUCUCUGCUUCUACUUUUCAUGGAAUAUGCUGCUGUGUACUGUGAAAUCAAAUUUUUAUUUUGACCCUUAUUGGAUGGCCACAGUCAUGUACUCUUUUAAGUUUGUCUCAAGAAUUUUCCUCAUAAUAGAAAAGCUAGCACAAACACUGAUAUUGCUCAGAAUUAUUGAAUUAAUGGUCCUUAAAUGCUACUAGUGAAAUCUCUGCUUGGAACUGCUUACCCAGUGAAUGAAUCAAUAAAUUAAUCUUUAACAUCA